UUCAUGUUUAAUCCCCCAAAAAUACACACAUCAUCAGGUUUUCUUGGUUCAGAAAUGUCCAACAACAUCACUGUUUUCAUCAUCAUUAAUAGCAUAGUCCUUCCACCUCAAGUUAAUUAACUAACCUUCCAAGCAUGUGAGCAUUUCAUCAUCUUCCUUGUCCCAAAACUCUCUUUCUCUCUCUCUCUCUUGGUGACAUAAUCAUCACCAUUUUUUCUUGGAGGCUGAAGCAGCUACAACUUCUUCAUACACUAGUGAUGGCAGCUGAUAACUCUACCAAGAGAAACUCCAAUGCUCAACUCCUUGAAGAACUAGAGGCCUUAAGUGAAUCCCUUUACCAAUCACACACAUCCAACACAACUAGAAGAACAGCUUCUUUAGCUCUACCAAGAACUUCAGCUCCUUCUGUCUCAUCUGCUGAAGAAGACAAUGACACUGCUAAAGAUAAUAACAAACAAAGCAACAAACAAAGGUCCCAUCGCAUGUCCUUGUCACUUUGGAGAUCAAGGCCAAAGCUAAAAGAUUCCAAGGCACCCUUUACUCAACCAGGCAUCAAAAAGUUUGAUGACACCGCAAAUUCAGCUGACAAGAAAGGGAUAUGGAGCUGGAAGCCUAUGAGGGUUCUUGCUCAUAUUGGAAUGCAGAAACUAAGCUGUUUGUUUUCUGUUGAAGUGGUCACUGCUCAAGGCCUUCCUUCAUCCAUGAAUGGACUAAGGCUUUGUGUUUGUGUUAGAAAGAAAGAGUCAAAGGAUGGAGCUGUUCAGACUAUGCCAUCGAGGGUUGCUCAAGGAGCUGCAGAUUUUGAAGAGACCCUUUUCAUCAGGUGCCAUGUUUAUUGCAACCAUGGUAAUGGAAAGAAGCUUAAGUUUGAGCCAAGACCCUUUUGGAUAUACCUUGUUGCAGUGGAUGCCGAAGAGAUUAAUUUUGGAAGAAACUGUGUGGACUUGAGCCACUUGAUUCAAGAAUCCAUUGAGAAAAACUGGCAAGGCACGCGUGUUAGACAAUGGGACACAAGCUUUAGCUUAUCAGGAAAGGCAAAAGGAGGAGAACUGGUUCUGAAAUUGGGCUUCCAAAUCAUGGAGAAAGGAGGAGUUGAGAUAUAUAGCCAGCAAGAGAAUUUGAAGUCCAGCAAGUUCAGAAAUCUUACAUCUUCAUUUGCUCGUAGACAAUCCAAGACAUCCUUCAGCAUGCCUAGUCCAAGAAUAACAAGUAGAAGUGAUGCUUGGACUCCUUCACAAGUAAGGUUAGCUGCAGAUAUUCAAGGUAUGGAUUAUUUGAAUCUGGAUGAUCCAAUCCCAGUUCAGGAUUCACCUCUCUCUACACAGAAACUUGGUGAUGACAAAGAAAAAGUGGAGGAUUUUGAUCUCCAAGAUUUUGAGGUUGUUGAUAAAGGGGUUGAGAUUCAAGAGAGGAAAGAUGAUAAAAGAGAAGAAUCUGAGAAAUCAAUAGAAGGGAAGUUAGUUUCAAGUGAGGUUGUUAAGGAAAUAGUGCAUGAUCAGUUGCGCCUAACUAGAUUAACUGAGCUUGAUUCAAUUGCCAAGCAGAUAAAGGCUCUUGAGUCCAUCAUCGGAGAAAAUAACAAGUUCACAAAAGCUGAGGAAACUGAGUCACAAAGAUUGGAUUCUGAUGAAGAAAUUGUGACAAGGGAGUUUCUUCAUAUGCUUGAGGAUCAAAAGACUAGAGGAUACAAAAACAAUAAAUCUGAAAUUCCCCCAUUACAAAUCGAAGGACAUGAGAAUUCUUCUGCUCAGGCAGAAUCUAAAGUGUAUCUCCCUGAUCUUGGCAAGGGCUUGGGUUGUGUGGUUCAAACAAGGGAUGGAGGCUACUUGGCAUCUAUGAACCCUUUAGAUAAUUCUGUGGCUAGAAAUGAUACUCCAAAGCUAGCAAUGCAGAUGUCAAAGCCAUUUGUGUUGGCAUCAAAUGAUACCCCAAAUGGAUUAGAGUUAUUUCAGAAAUUGGCUGGCAUUGAUCUUGAUGAACUCAGCUCUAAAAUUUUCUCCUUGAUGCCACUUGAUGAAUUGAUAGGUAAAACUGCCGAACAAAUUGCUUUUGAAGGCAUUGCUUCUGCCAUCAUACAAGGUAGAAAUAAAGAAGGAGCAAGUUCUAGUGCUGCUAGAAUAGUUUCUGCCUUGAAAGGCAUGGCAAAUGCAAUGAGUUCAGGAAGACAAAAACGAAUUUCAACAGGACUUUGGAGUGUGGAUGAAACUCCACUCACUGCUGAGAAAAUUCUAGCCUUUACAAUGCAGAAGAUUGAGUUCAUGGCAAUUGAAGCCUUGAAAAUCCAAGCUGAUAUGGUAGAGGAAGAAGCUCCUUUUGAUGUUUAUGCACUCAGCACAAAGGAUGGAAACAAAGACAAUGAUCUAUUAGGUUCAUCUGUUUCACUUGAGGAUUGGAUCAAAAACCAAAGCUACAUUAACACUGCUUCAAGUUCCAAUAGUGAACCAUCAAACAUCACAAUGAUAUUUGUCAUCCAAUUGAGGGAUCCAAUAAGACGCUUUGAAGCAGUUGGAGGGCCUGUGAUGGUGCUCAUUCAUGCAACAAGUGAAGACACAAAGGGGAAUAAUAAGUACUAUAAAGAUGAUGAGGAGAACAAGUUCAAGGUAAUGGGCAUGCAUGUGGGAGGUUUCAAGGUGAUGAGCGCUACAAAAAAAAAUAAUGCAUGGGACACAGAGAAGCAAAGGCUAACUGCAAUGCAAUGGUUGAUUGAAUAUGGGUUGGGAAAGGCACAGAAGAAAGGGAAGCAUGCAUUGGCAAAAGGUAAAGACUUGUUAUGGAGCAUUUCCUCAAGAAUCAUGGAUGACAUGUGGCUCAAAACCAUGAGAAAUCCUGAUGUCAAACUUGUGAAGGAAUAAGCAUAUCCACUCUCUUUUUUAGUUUUAGCAAAUUACGAUACUAGCACAAUCUUGCAUUCAUGUCUCAUGUGGGGGCUCCAUCAAACUUUUAAUAGAAAGUUCAAUUGGAGUUAGCUUGAAGAUUUAUGGAUUCAAUAUUUUUGCAAAUAUCAUUAAUUUCAAGGUCAUAGUUAGUUGCCUUUUUGUAGAACCAAUAAAAACCUGGGACUUAGGGAAUGUUGUAUACCCAUAUCAAUUUUCUCACUUUCCUCAUAUCCAACCAAUCAUUACUAUUUUUUGUCUCUUUAACGUCAUUGGUUCAUGAAAGGGUCCUAUAAGAAACAUGAGAAAAUGUUGUGCGUUAAAUUUCCAUUUUUAUAUAAUAGAUGUGAGAUUUGAUUGAUGUUGGAAUGAAUAAGCUUAUUGAGAAUGAGAGUAACUCUCGUAUAUAUCAAAUAAAAGUUAACUCCCCAUUUUAUGUAAAGCAUUUUAUUAUCUAUCAAAGAAAUAAACCUAUUGGGUUGGAUUUCUCCAUUGAAGAAAAAAUAUAUGUAUUUGUGUGCUGUGUUUGUAUUGGAGAAUGCAGACUGUCGAGGAUUCCGAAGUGAGUAAACUUUUUAUCUGACUUUUUUAAUAAUUAUAUUAAUAUAUUUUUUACAUCGCGUUAUAUAAAAAAAUAAUCUUUAGAAGUCUGACGAGAGUUUAGAAGAACUCUAUUAGAGUUUAUUUAUACUUGUAAAAAUAGUUUAUAUCAUUCAUAUUUUGAAAAUUAUUUUAAUAAAAUUAUUAAAAUUAUUUUUUAAAUUUAUUUUAACCAGUUGCAUGAUAAAAUUUGUAUCAGCAAUUUUUCAAUGAAUACUUAAGUUGAUUAUUCAAACGAAGUCAAUUAUAAUUGCAAGCGUCAAACACACCCACAUAAAAGAAUAACGUGAUACGAUGGAAACAGUGAUUUAAUAAUAAUGACGAGGGGAAAUGACAAAAUCAUGAAAAUAGUAUAAUGAUAAUUGAACUAUGCACAGCACCACACAAAAGUUAAAAUUACUACACUUUCUUCUCUUCAAUAGAUUUUCUUCCAAGUUCCUUUCUCUCCAUCAACCUUGUUCCUCAAUCCUUUCUUCUCUUGCCAGAAUGACUUAAAAGGAGUCAUAUCCGAUUAUUAGUAUCAGAUACUAAUCAAGGCCCAUCUAACAUUUCUUAGGAUAUAAUAUUUUUGUAGGGGUAGCUAAGUGGGGAGAACUAACAUGAUAUAAGCAUCAUGACUAGAGUUCAAAUCUUGACUUCAGAAAAUUCCCACAUUCCCCUCUCCUAAUUCCCAAUCCC